AUGCCUGCUACGUCAACACACAAGUUUAUAACAUGGAUUGGAUUUAUUUCAAUACUUCACGCUGCUUAUUCUGCUGCUCAACAUCGAUCUUACCUCAGAAUAACGGAGCAAGAAUUCACAACACUGCCGAUUGAUAUAUUGAUCCAAGGAAUAAUUAGUUUGUUUAUUGUAAUGUACGGAGUGUUACACAUCGCUGGAGACUUUAAAGAAAUUCGCGCAGUUGUCGACCUAGAGUGCAAGACUUGGGAAACAACGAGAAACUUGGCUUCAUUCCAAAUAUUUAAUCAUCGAGGAAAAUGUUUAUCACCGGACUACACACCGCCGUAUUAA